GUUAAUCUUAUUCUGCAAAUUUGAGGCAGAGUGGCUUCCUAACCUCAAAUAAGCGCCGUAGGUAAUUUGUUUACAGAGUGAAAAAUGUCUGAGCCGGAGGCGAAAAGACGCAAGUUCUUCAAUAAUAAGAAUAAAAACUAUUACGUGCAGAAAUCAAAGCGUCAGUUCCUUGAAUCGGGUCAACACGGAUUUCUUGCGACAUGCAACUUCCGCGAGAAGGAUUGCGUCCGGGAAAGUUACAACAUUCUCAAUCAAUACGCAGAUGAGUUGUAUGGGCCACAGCCGAAGGAAGCUGAAGAACAACCCGACAAGGAUUCAGAAGGUGAUAUUACAGACGAAUUGCAAAAACAAAUUAAUGAAGCAAAAGAGGACGCGAAAGAAAAGAAAUUUAGAUUCCAAGUCGUUGAUACCGGAGCAAACAAUUGCAUUUUCAUCAAAACCACAUUACCUGAUCCGGUAGAAUUGGGAGUGAAAAUUGUUAGGGACAUUGCCGAAAAGGGGACACAGAGAACUAGAUUUCUCCUACGCCUUGUACCUAUAUCGACGGUUUGCCGAGCAAACUUGAAGGAUAUACUGGAAGCAGCGGGAACCCUGUUUGAUAAACAUUUUCUGAAAGAAUCACACACAUAUUCCAUCAUUUUCAAUAAGCGGUAUAAUAAUAAUAUUUCCCGCGAUGAAAUCAUCAAGGAAUUGGCGGAUAUAGUUGCAGCUAAGAAUAUUAAAAACAAAGUUGAUUUGAAAAACCCUGAACUCUGUAUUUUAGUCGAAGUAAUCAAAGGAUUGUGCUGUAUAAGUGUUCUCCCGGACUAUAUCAAACUGAAAAAAUACAAUUUGGUGGAGUUGGCAUCUAAACCGACCGAGAAGACAGAUGUGAAGUCGGAAGAUAAAGCAGAAGUGAAGCCGGACGACAAUUCAGAAAAGAAGACGGACGACAACGCAGAAGAGAAGUCGGACGACAAAGAAAAAGCAGGGAAUAGCAGUGAGGAUAAACAAGCUGAGUGUACUGAAGCGGAUUCUUGAGAGAAAUAAAUACUUAUUUUACAAAAAAUUAAUAUUGUAUAUG